GUACUGGUACUGCUGGAGUAACUCUAGCAUCUAAGUGGACCAAGUGGACUCUUCCCUAAACCAAAUCUGCAUGGCUAAUCCUCUACACGCCUCAACGGUUUCCUGCCCUCUCCACAUCUCUGAUAUCAUCGUCGAUUUCAGUAAUUCGAUAAGGAAAGUAAGGACAGACGUUUCGGUUUUCUGACCCCAUUGUGCUUUCUCAGGGGGAUACAUUGUCCUUACAUUUACAGUGCCGAACCUUGUUUUUACAGGGGAUGAGGAUCGAAGUCAUUCCUUUCGACACAGAUGACAUAUUCAGCGUGUAUAACGCAAGUCAAAGUCAAACACAAACACAAAAUGUAACAUACACUAAGAUCCACAGAAAAAUCAGAAUCAAAUUCGACCUUUCCGAGAAUACUUCAACUGAACAGGCUGAGCAGUCUGUCUCUUCCGGUAAAAACCUUGAGCCCCAGUCCACCGCCGGAAUAUUUCAGAAGUGUCCUCGGUUCCGAAUUCUGGUGGUAAUGACUGGCGUUGGCAAGUCAUCACUAAUUAACCACGUUUUUGGAGUGAGAAGAACGAUCGUUGCGCACGAUAGGCCAGGCCAGGCCAGCAUCGACGAUGAGUCCUUCUCACCACAGAACACCAGGUUUGUUCUCCACCAUAGCGAAGGUUUUAAACCAGGGCGAGAAGACAACCUCGAUCUUGUCCAAGAUUUCAUUCGCCGUCGGAGCGCAAUGCCUGAUUUGAAAGAUAAGCUGCACGCUGUUUGGCUUUGUUUGCAGACACCCCCUGCAGGGGAAUGUCUCCUAGACACGGGAACAAAGAAUUUCCUCACAUGGACAACGUUGGAAAACAUUCCCGUUAUCUUGGUUCUUACUAAAUACGAUAUGCUCAUCAAGCGAACUCCAGGUGGAAGCUCUCUGAGCUACGAUGACCACAAGGAACUCGCUAAGAAGAACGCAGAAGACGAGCUGCAGAAUACCUGGAUUGGACCUUUAAGGCAAUUUCCAGGGCUUGAUAUUCCCCGCGCUACGAUAUCUACCGAAGAUGACUACGAGGAGACAUUAACCCACCUAAUCCAAAUAACUGAAAACUGCGUCGGUCGGCAUUUUAUGCCCGAGGCCGCGACGAUACUCUUCAUCGCUCAGCGAGUGGAUCCUGAACUCAAAAUAAAGGCAUCGAUUGAGGUUGGCAAGCAAAAAUAUUGGAAAGCGCUUGCGUCAUGCCCAACGUUCGAGAACCGCACAAUGUGGGAUUGUCUAUAUGUGCUUCACACUGACAUCGCCAAUGUAUGGAACUUCUGUGACCCUCAUCAUUACUUGUACAGUCAAGAGUUCAGGAGAUUGAUGGUGAACAUGGUCGAUAUGCUAGAAGUUGGACCUACGGCUGAUUCCACCAAGACCAGAGCUUUUGGGUUAUCCAUGUUAGGCACUAUUACGAGCAUCGUGGCGGGACCUGCGGUUCCUAUCGCAGUACCGAUCCCAACAGGUACCACACUCGCCGUAUGGACUUAUGAUAUAUACCAGAUAUCCUACGCGACGCUUCAGCGCUUCAUGGCCUACAUCAUUCACUUGACGCUUGUGUUGCAGACACUUUAUCUUGUGUCAGAAAGCCAAGAAGUCACUCGAAGGUCCAUCAAGCUCGCGGUCGCUUCCUACCUCGCCUCCCCAAUGAGCGAAGACGUUCUUACUUCGAUUCAAGAUUAUGGUAGGCUAGCGACUACCCUGGAACACGCGAACGACGAUACCUUUAAUAUAAUAUUUGACGUGUAUACGAUCAAGGCAGCAGAAAUGUCCAAACUUCGGGCAAAGAUGCUCCCUGUGGAUUUGUUAUCGGACAAACCAUGGUAAAUUACAUAAAAAGUCGUGGCAUUUGAUUGUUUCUUUCAUGGAUAGUUAUGCGCGUGGUCCGAGUACUGACGUGAUUGCAGCUAGUGCUCGCUUGUACUAUAGAACUGGAUUAUGGCCGAUCAUAACACUGUAGCCCAUGAUAUGCUGUAUUCUAUUAAUGACAUGUACUUACUGCUAGGGUGAUGCUUACAGUAGUGCAACCAAAGAACCAAAUAGAUGAUAGGUAUGGGGAUG